AUGAGUUCUGCUGGAAUAACAUCUGGAUUCGACAAUACUCCUGUAACGAAAGGUUUAUUACUUUGUGUUGGUGGCUGUUCAGCAGUUGCAUAUCUUUUAGAUUGCCGAUCCUCAGUUCACCUACAACUCAUACCCAACUUAACAUCUCAGCGUGAGUUUUGGCGUCUGAUAACGACACAGUGUGUCGCCACGACCACGGGCGAAUUUUUUUUCGGAAGUCUAGUUUUAUUUCAACUAAGAGUAAUUGAACGUCAAUUCGGAUCAUCUAAAUAUGCGGCAUUUUUUUUCGUGACAUCCGCUUUAUCGACUAUGUUUGAAAUUGGUGCACUAGCUGUUGGGAAUAAGUUUGGAUUGACAUCAAUACCGGCUGGACCUUACGG